AUGUAUAAUUUCAAUGAAAAGAGUAGCGAACAAAGUUCAGCGAAGAAACCAAGUUGGCAAAUUGCUCGAGAUAUUUCAACAGCGUUGUUAUGGCGAAAAUCAUCGAAAUUGAGUCUUAUACCAGAUUCGAUCUCCAAACGAUCUGCGCCAAAAAAACGUAGCAUUUACAGUUCCGAAGCGCGUUCCAAACCUUCGCAGACCCAGCGAAUACCUCGAAUGCCAUCGGAAAAAGAAGCAGCUCUAAUCGAUAUUGCAUACACGUUAUCCUGCGCAUUCUGCAACGAAACUUGCGUUAGCAAUUAUCUCCGCUGUCGUAUCUGUAUCCAUAUAUACCAUGUUGAAUGUCUUUCUCAACGUGGUUACCUUCAUAAUCAAUCCAUAUCCUUCCGAAAUCGUCUUCAACCAGAUUGGAGCUGCCCGGAUUGUCGUGACCUUACUCGAUUGCUAAAUCAUGAUGAACUUCUGUGUUUAAUCCAUGCGUUCGAUCAACUCGACAAAAAUCGAGAUGGUUAUAUCGUUCUCGAGGAAUUUCUCUCUUUUCAAUCAAAUAAAUCGAUACCGGAGGGAUUGGAGCUAUUCGUUCAGCAUAACCACGAAACAGGAAGAAGAUACUUCGCGCUGAUGGAUUGUGCACAACGAGGAGUCGUCGCCUGGUCAGAUUUUGUUCUUCUUUAUACCUGUAAACUAAUCUGUGCGAAAGAUAAAAUUGAACUAACAACAAAAUUAACAGAAAAAGAAUUAGUUCAAGCGAGAAAACUCUUCUUAAAAGAUCCGAAAAAAUCGUUCGAUAAUGAUUUCAAUCGAAUGGUAACCAGAGAACAUCUCAAUCAAAUUCAUCGUGACCUCAUGCUUUCGCUUAACAAAAAAUAUGGCAUUGAGUUCAUUGACACAGUUCUAACGUUUGAUCAUCGUAUUGACAACACAGCAGAAAAAUCAUCUGCAAUCUAUUGGUCAGAGUUUCUUCGUGAAAUCGCGCUAUUGAUAUUACUCGACCGUUCGAAUGACGAUGUUCGAUCGUCUGAAACUCGUCGCGGUUCAAUACCUGCUCAACUUUCCAAUGCUGUGAAAGUGACCUACCCGAAGCUUCCUUCGAAUGAACGUGAUUCAACAAGUCGACUCUCCUUCUCGAGAUCAAACACAUUAGCUACGUCGACAUCGUCUCACGAGUUGUACGACAAAAAUUUUCUAAAACAUGCGAAACUUUUACAAAAACUGAACGAGCGAAAUCAAGCCGAAGAGCUGAAAAGGAAACAGUUAGGUUCGUCGAUUAAUUUCACAAUUGUUGAAGAUGGAGCCGAUGCUACUAAGGAUCUGAAAUUGCCAAAAUUGAAAGCAAAUGCACGAGAUGACCGACGGACCAUCACCGAUCCUUGGACAUGUGUGCACGAAAUGCAACGAUUAAGAAAUGAACCGAUUCCAGUUCGUUGGCGACGAAUUUCUUGA